AUGAUUUUUUCUUUUUCAUUUGUAUUCUUUCUUUCUUUUUUCUUUCUUUUCUUUCUUUUUUUCUUGCAAUUUUUUCUUUUUCAUUUUGUAUUUCUUUCUUUCUUUUUCUUUCUUUUUUUUUCUUCUUUUCUUUAUGAUUUUCUUCUUUUUCUUUUUUUCUUUCUUUCUUUUUUCUUUCUUUUUUUUUUUUUCUUUUCAUUCUUUAUUUUCUUUUUUUCUUUUCUUUUGUUUCUUUUAUUUUUUCUUCUUUUCAUUUUUAUUCUUUCUUUCUUUUUCUUUCUUUUCUUUCUUUCUUUUAUGCUUUUUCUUCUUUUUCAUUUGUAUUUCUUUCUUUUUUCUUUUCUUUCUUUCUUUUUCUUUUUCUUUGUAAUCUUUCUUUUUUUUUUCUUUUCUUUUUUUCUUUUUUCUCUUUUGUUUCUUUCUUUCUUUUUUUUUCUUUUUUCAUUUGAUUUCCUUCUUUUUAAUUUUCUUUCUUUCUUUUUUUUUUCUUUCUUUUAUCUUUUCUUUUAUAAUUUUCUUCUUUUCAUUUUGUAUUCUUUCUUUUUUUUUCUUUCUUUCUUUUCUUUCUUUCUUUUUUCAUUUUUUUCUUCUUUUUUCUUUUUCAUUUCUUUCUUUCUUUUUUUUCUUUUCUUUCUUUCUUUCUUUUUUCUUUUCUUUGAUUUUUCUUCUUUUCAUUUUGUAUUCUUCUUUCUUUUUUCUUUCUUUUUACUUUCUUUCUUUCUUUUCUUUCUUUCUUUCUUUUUGUUUCUUUAUUCUUUUUUCUUUUUUUUUUUUUGUAUUCUUUUCUUUUUUUUCUUUCUUUCUUUCUUUUCUUUUUUUGUUUCUUUUCAUUUUUUUUCUUUUCUUUCUUUCUUUCUUUUUUUUUUUCUUCUUUUCAUUUGUUUUCUUUGUUUCUUUUUUCUUUCUUUCUUUUUUUCUUUUGUAUUUUCUUCUUUUUCAUUUGUAUUUCUUUCUUUCUUUUUUUCUUUUCUUUUUUUUUCAUUUCUUUUUUUCUUUUUCUUCUUUUUCAUUUGUAUUUUUUCUUUCUUUUUUUUUCUUUUCUUUCUUUCUUUUUAUAAUUUUCUUUUUUCAUUUUGUAUUUCUUUCUUUUUUUUCUUUCUUUUCUUUCUUUUUUUCUUUAUUUUGAUUUUUUUUCUUUUUUUUUUUUCUUCUUUUUCUUUCCCUUCUUUUCUUUUCUUUCUUUUGUUUUUCUUCUUUUUUUUUUUUCUUUCUUUUCUUUCUUUUUCUUUUGUUUUUUUUUUUUUCUUUUCAUUUGUAUUCUUUCUUUCUUUUUUUUUUUUUUUUUUCUUUCUUUUUGCAAUUUUCUUCUUUUCAUUUUGUAUUCUUUCUUUUUUCUUUCUUUCUUUUUUCUUUCUGAUUUUCUUUUUUUCUUUUGUAUUUUCUUCUUUUCAUUUGUUUUUUGUUUUCUUUCUUUUUUCUUUUCUUUUUUUCUUUCUUUUUCCUUCUUUUUUUAUUUUCUUUCUUUUUUUUUUUUUUUUAUAUCUUUUCUUUCUUUCUUUUCUUUUUUGA